GUUCUUCCUGCCGUUCCUGGCAGCAGCGGGUUCACGGUGUGGCUGCCAGGCGUCCGUGUGCAGGGCUUUCGGACUGAACCGGAUUGAACCGCGUCUGCGGGCAGGAAUUUCCUUCUCCAUGUCCCUCAUGCCGACCUCCUGGCCGGUGCAGGUCUGAGGAGGGGCCGCGCACAUGCGAAUGGUGCCCAGGAAAUGGGCCCGAAGAAGGCCUGCGGCCAGUGGAGGCCUCGCUGGAAGAGGCACCGGACUCCGGGCCCAGUCUGGCCCGGUCCAGCUCGGUCCGCCUUAUGUGGACACACGUUUGCCCCUUAGCAAGGCCCGUAGGCAGAUGCAGCACGCACUUCUGGGGCCCAGUAGCCAACUGGGGUCUCCCCAUCGCCGCCAUCAAUGACAUGAAAAAGUCUCCGGAGAUUAUCAGUGGGCGGAUGACGUUUGCCCUCUGCUGUUACUCUCUGACGUUCAUGAGAUUUGCCUACAAGGUGCAGCCUCGCAACUGGCUCCUGUUCGUGUGCCACGCCACCAACGAGGUGGCCCAGCUCAUCCAGGGCGGGCGGCUCAUCAAAUACAACAUGAAUAAGAAGGCAGCAGCGUGACCCGGCAGGGAGGCUCUGCCCGCUGCUGGGCCUCCGGCUCCAUCAUCAGGACGCCCUGCUGAGGAAGACCCGCUGAGUGCUGUUUUACUAACCCAACCAUUUCCACCCACAGCGAGAGCCCCUGAGCCCCUGACCCGCCCCAGCUGCCUCCCAAGUACUGUCUACUCUCCUCCCCCUAACCAGCCGUCACACAGGCAGUCAUUCCGUGAUCCCAGCGAUGCUUUCUCUGAGGCCGUGUUGUUAUCUGUUAGAAUUUGCUGAACGCGCAACGGAAGAGAACAAAGCCUGUGACUCUCAGACCUGAGUGCUCAGAGCUCUGGCCUUGUUCUGUAACGACCAUGAGACAACCCCAGCUACACCCUUCAGGUCUCACCCCAGGGUCUGAAGAGUGUCCCUUUCCAUGCGGUGUGUCUUCUGAAAUGCUGUGACUUAACGGCAAUAAAUGACUUAAAUAUCUGUCAGUGAGAA